UUGUUAUUUUCCUUGACCUUGAUUUCUCAACAAAUGUCAAUCAAAUUACAAAUUCCUAUAAUUAUACAAUAGGAUACAGAUUUAACAUUUUUCUUUUUUAAAAAUACUUUAUUUUCUAUAAAAAGAAUGAUUCUUUUUUUUUAUUUUUACAAAUAAAAGCGCAGGCGUGAAAAUUAAUUUUUGAAAUAAAAAAUAACACCACAAGAUGGCGGAUUUUUGAAGCCGAAAAGUGACAAGUAUGUACAGCGUCGAAAAAAGUUUUUAAUUAAAAAAAAGCGGCGAUGAAAAGUUAGAAAGAUAAGAAAGUAAAUUUAAACGAUUACUUUUAUUAAUUAUAAUAAAAGUGUUUUGUUUUGAAAGAAAUUGAUUAUAAUAUUGAUAUUAUUAAUAGUCAAAAUUUACGUUGUAAACAUAGAUUUAUUAGGUUAGGUUAAAGGGCAAAACCUAUUUUUAUGGUUUUUUAAUUUUUAUUUUAUAAUUUUAUUUUUUAUCUAUAUCCAAAAUUAACAUUUAAUUUGUUUGAAUAUAAAAAAUUUAAAUUCGUUAAAAUCCGUAACGAAAAGAGUAAUUGCAUACUGCAGUUAUGUACUUCGAUUGCCGAAAUACGAUUGUUUUAUGGUGAUAAUAUGUCAAAAUCAAAUAUAAGAAAAAUAACAGUUGAGACUACGAAAUGUAAUAUUGACUCUCGACGUCCAAGUGUUUUUGAAAGAUUAGGUACUAAACCAGCAAUUGCCAGUAAUACACAAAAUACAUCAGAUUUUUGUAGAAACUGGGCAGUUAAUGGCAGUUGUUCUUACGGAAAAACCUGCAAAUAUGCAAAUACUCAUACGUUAAUUAGUCCAUCCAAACGAGCGAAAAAGGAUAAUGCAACAACGAAUGCUUCGUUGCUUAAUGAGGAUCCAUUCAAACGACUCACAUCAAAACUUGUGAAGAAGGCGUCGCACAGUCCUGAUUUAAAUUUAGAAGAUUGGAAUCAAACGGACCUCGAGUACGAGGACGAAAAGGUUUUAGAGAGACGUCGUCAACUUCUGCAAAGGGAAUUAGAAAUCCAAAUGAAGAAGGACAAGGAGGUGCAUGGCAAGGACAAAACCAAGUUUAAAAAGAAAGUUAUGAGCUCGUCAUCGAGUUCCCGUAGUUCAAGUUCAUCCAGCAGUAGCAGCAGUUCUAGUAGUGACGAUUCAUCAUCGACCUCGACUUCCGAUUCACGUAAGAAAGUGAAGAAACUUAAGAAAGUCAAGCACCACAGCGCAUCUCCCGAUUAUGAUGACGACAAGGAUCGAAAAAAGAAAUUAAAAUUGAAACGACUUGGUCAGAAAAACGAAAAAUUAGUAACAAAGAGAAAGCGUAAAGUCGAGGUGAUCGCAAAAAAAGACGAGAAAGCAGUGAAGAAAGCAAAUCCAGUUCCCGUUCGAAAGCACUCAGUUCCCAGGACAAAAUCCCCAGUUCCAAUUGCUCACGUCUCAAAUAACGCAAAAUCAAAGGAGAAAAAUCGCAGUGAAUCACCAAAACCAAAACUCAAAGAAACCGAGAAGGACAAGCACCAUAAAAAAUUACGUGACGAUGAAAUUAUCACCAAAGAAAUUGUCAAAGCAAAACCACAGGAAAAACCCAAGGAACUUGAGAAAAGUACGAAAAAUCGUUUAAACGAUGAGAAAAAUAAAAUUGACGACAAAACGAAACGUCGUUCAAAGGAGCGUGAGAAACGUUCACGAACACCGCCACUCGAUCGUUUAAAGCAUUCAAAAGAAAUGACAAAAUCAAAACGCAGUCGAACACCAGAGAAACCAAUGAAACAAAUAAAACAAGAUCACACACCGUCCAAGCAUCAAGACAAACGCUCCACGUCGAGUCGAUCACGUGAAUUGGACAAGAAAGAUCGUGAGAAAGAUUCUUAUAAUAAACGUGAACGAAGCAAGGAGCGUGAGGAGCAACGAAAGAAUGAUCAAAAUAAAGCAAGACCCUCAUCGAGUCAAGACGAUGGUCACAGAAAGAAUAUCACCAGGGAUUUCGAUGAGAAAAAUUGUCCACGUCAAAGAAGUAAGGAGCGCCGUGAGAAGGAUCAUAUUCGCAACGAUCAUCGUGACACGCGCCUAAAUCGCGAUCAAAGAGAAAAGGAACGUGACGACAUGCAUAGGGAUCGUCAAAGGGAACGUGAACGCGAGAAGGAACCGCCGAAAAUUCGUGAACGUGAAAUACCCUCAUUGAUGGCGACCGCGGCUCUAAAUCCCUUAGAUAAGGGUGGUCAACGUUACCGGGGCAAUAAGGAUCGUAUCAAAGAUUGUAAUAUCGAUAAAGGAAAUUUGCGUCCCGAUCGACGGGGUGAUCGUGAUAAGGAUCAGAAAAUAGAACGCGACCGGAGUUCACAGCGUUAUGAUGCGCGUUUCGAUAAGGAAAUGCCAGUGCACAAAUUAAUGGAUCGUAUCGAACGUUUCCCGCGCGAUCGAUCAAUGGAUCGUAUUGGCGACAAGAAUGUAAUGAUGGAGAGGGAGCAAAUGUACGAGAGAGAUCGACAUCGGAGAUUUAAUCCACGCUUUGAAAGGGGACAUCCCGAGCAUAAGGAUCAACAUAUUCCCUCGUUGAAGAUCGAUCGACGUGACAGCCCACGGGGAAAUAUGGAAAUGGAGAGGAAUUUCGAUAGGAAUUAUUCCCGUCUACCUCCGGAGCAUUGGAAUGAGGACGAGGAUCAGGGAUCGCAUAUGGAUUACAGGGAUCAUCAUCCACAUGAGGAUGAUCGACGAAAGGGGGUCGAUACCAGACGUUACAGUCCCUUCAACGAAAGAAGGGGGAGAGAGGAUCGUGGACGUUAUGGAAUUCAAAACGAGAGGCAAUUCGACGAUCUCCAUCAUCCUGUCUAUCCUAGUGAUAAAAUGCGAGUACGAGACGAAAGUAGCAAUGACAAUUGGGAAGUUCAUCAUGAUAUUGAACAACACGGUGUUCGCGAUCGUAAUUAUCAGAGUAACGAUUGGGAGGAGAGAGAGUGGAGAGGUCAAAGGGGAAUGUGGGAGAGGGAGAGUCUUCCUCGUUCGGAUGCACACGAGGAGGAAUGGUCAUCGCGCUACGACAGUCCAAUGUCCGAUUGGAAGAUGAACGAGAAUCGAAAAUGGGAUAAUCAGCCGAUGCAUAUGAGAGGAUCGUAUCGCAAUGAUAGAAUUAAGGACAUGGAGGCUGGUGAAUCGAAUCAUGGAAAGAGGCGUUCGUACAACACGCCGGAAAUUAGGGACGAAAUACCGGUGCAUGUGUCGAAACAAGGAGCAUUGCAUAAUAGUAUGAAGGACGAGCCGAUUAAUAAGAAACUCAUGGAAUUGGCUGAAGGGAGACCGAGGAGAAGUCGGGAAAAGUCGUCGGACAGUUUUCAAAAGAAAAUGUCACCGAAAGAGAAGAUAGAGGUGAAGGAAGCACCCGUACCGGAAAUAAAACGACCUAAUGUGGAGGAAUCUUUGCAGACAUUGCACACUGAAAGCGAUCUCAGUGACAUCAGCGAUGAUCCAGACGAUAUUCUCAACAUGGACGAUGAGGUAAUUGAGAAGGUAACGAAGAAAUGUAUCGAACCUGUCGAUCAAGACUCUUCUUCCAAUCAAAAUCAAGAUGUUCCGCAAGUUCCUCCUAAACAAGCGACGGAAAAUGUUAUUUUCCCAAAGGAAAAAGAGACUACUGAAACGAUUACUUUCAGCAACAAAAAUAUUGAGGACGAGAGUAUGGAGACAAUGGACUUUGAGGAAAUAUCUGACGGCGAAUUGGAGGAGGAUAUUAAGACGAGUGGCAAAGGUUUGGGCGACGCUUUGGGAGUUGAUUGGGCAAGUCUUGUCAAUGAAUCGCAACCGCGACGUUCGCAGAAUCAGGACGUUACUCAAAAUCGUUGGCAGUGCAAAGCAAUUUUCCAACGUAUUGGCAUCUCGGUUAAAACUGCCGGCAAUGAAUUAGUGGAGAAGUUCAUCAAGAAAUACGGCGAUAGCGAAAACGAAAAACUCUUCAUGGACGAUGUCGCUUUAAUGCAUACGGCUUUGGUGCGUAAACACCUUUUUGACAAUUCCACCUAUGGAUUAGUCUCCGGUGACGAUUUACUCUACAGCGGCAAGUGCGAGAAAAAAGAAGAAAAUCCAGAGGAUUUGAAACCGUGCACAAAUUUAUAUGAAGAGGCGAAAAUGCUUUUGCAGCAAGCAGCGUAACGACAAACGUUAGUUCACGUUACUUUCGAUGCACUAAUUUGAAGAGGAUUUGUCGAUUUUGCUCACUGCGUUCAAAGCGUUUAAAUUUAUUUAUAUAUAUAAAUAUAAAUUUAAAGAAAAAGGACACAUAACACUUUAAUCAAAGACAGUUAAUGCUCAGGUGAGAGAGAAAUUAUUGCUUCAUUACUAUAAUAAUUUUAAAAUUUAAAAUAAGUAGACAAAUUUCGCUAUAAUUUUCAAAUUAUUUAAAGGAAUGUCAAAGUCGAUGCGACUUUUUCCGACAUCGAUUUUUGACAUCUUUAAAUAAUAUUCUACAAGUGAAUUUUUUUUAAACAAUUUAUUCGGUUAAAAAAUAAAGAGAAUGAAUGAACUAUUCACUAAAAAAAAAAUUAAAUCAACGAACAAAAGAAUUUUUUUUUUCAUUUUUCAUAAUAAAUGAAAAAUAUAUAAAGAUUGCUUACAUUAGUAUGAAUGUGGAUUUUAAUUUUCUUUUCUUUUUUUUUUUUUUUUGAAAAGAAGUAUAUAUAAUGGUCACGAAAUUCUCUAGAACUUUUGAAAUAGAAUUUAAGAGUAUUUAAGAAAAGAGAAAAUAAAUUAAAAUUAAUGUUAUACAAGUUUCGAUAAUUGUAUAUACUAUAUAAAAGAAAAAGAAAAAAUAUAUGUUAUGCAAAGAACUUAAUCAUUGUACAAUGUAAAAUUAAUUAGAUUCUGCGAAUCGAUUGUAACACUUGACUUUCUGUACAUUAUUUGACGAUCUAAUUAUUUGUUAAUUGAAAAUGAAAUAUUUUCACUGAUGCCGCUAUAAUUUUUAUGAAAAAAGCAAUCUUAUGGUGCGAUAAUAUCUUUUUGCAAUAUUUCACGAGCCUUGGUGCAAAACGUGUUCGGUGUCAACUAAGUUUGUCAAAAAAAAAACAAAAAAAAAAAUUGAAAUUCGUGUAAAUAUACAAAUACAUAUUUCGUA